AUGGCCGAUGCUGGGGAGGUAUUGAUGGGGCCGUUUGGUCGAGAGUUGUUCUUCGUUGGUCAGAUUCUUUUUCUGAUCUUCUUGAUGGGAAGCCACAUAUUGACAUUCACGGUCGCUCUCAACACCCUCACCAACCACGCUACGUGCUCCAUUGCUUUUGGAAUCACGGGAUUUGCCGUGUCGCUUUUCCUAUCAUUGCCGCGGACAAUGAAAAAUAUGUCGUGGCUAUCGUUGGCCUCGUUCAUCAGCAUCCUCAGCGCAGUCAUUAUUUCCAUGGUUGCCGUUGCCAUCCAGCACCCCGGAGCAGUCGCGAAGGCUACGGUUGAGACAAACCUGGUCAAUGGAUUUACCUCUGCCCUGAACAUCGCUUUAUCAUACGCCAGCCACAAUGCGUUUUUCAGUGUCAUCGCGGAGUUGAAGGAGCCCAGAGACUUCCCGAAGGCUCUCACAUUGCUUCAAUGUAUCGAUAUUUCCAUAUAUCUUGUCGCAGCGAUCGUGAUAUACACCUAUGCUGGGGACAGCGUUGCCUCUCCAGCGCUGGGAUCACUUUCGCCGUUGCUCUCGAAGAUCGCAUAUGGGAUUGCACUACCAACUAUCAUCAUUGCAGGUGUCAUUAAUGGCCACAUAGCCUGCAAAUCAAUUUAUACCCGGGUGUUCGCGGGCACUGACCGGAUGCAGAAGCGAGACUUCGUUGCAAUCGGAUCUUGGAUUGGCAUUGCGGUUGGCCUGUGGAUUAUUGCAUGGAUUAUUGCGUCUGCUAUCCCGGUGUUCAGUAACCUUCUUAGCUUGAUGACUGCCCUUUUUGCUAGUUGGUUUAGUUUCGGUGUUCCCGGUGCCUUCUGGCUGUUCAUGAAUAAGGGCCUGUGGUUCGCCUCUUGGAGAAAGACUGUCUUGACCUUGCUUAACAUGUUCUGUAUACUGAUUGGGGUUAUUAUGUGCGCCCUUGGUUUGUAUUCGUCUGGAAAGGCCAUCCACGACGACCCUAGUAGCGCCAGCUUUUCAUGUGAUAAUAAUGCGUGA